GGUCUGACAAACCUUCCUGCGCAUGCUCACAAAGUAAGACGGUUCAAGAGAGAGCACGGCUGUCUCUUCCAGACCCAAGGGACUGUGAGUGUGCUAGGAGAAGCCUGCGCUCUGUCACACGAGUCCCCAGUUCCUCUCAGAUGAAGGCACUCCGGAGCUGACGGCGCAUGUCACAAGGAGGAAGAGGGGACAUUUUGUGCAGGAGACAGCUUGCUCUUACAGAGCUCUGUAAGCAUAGAUUUAAGGUUUUCUCCAUUAUCUCCAGUGGUUUUCUUACCACUGUGCACAUUGCGUGCCAUUUUCUUUCCUUCUUGUCAGUAUGCUUUCAUUUGGUUUUUAGCUUCGUGCCAGUGCCAUUCUGAUCCUGUUUUGCAAAAGUAACGGCACAGCUAACAAGAUGAAUGGAGCUUUGGAUCAUUCAGACCAACCAGACCCAGAUGCCAUUAAGAUGUUUGUUGGACAGAUUCCCCGUUCAUGGUCGGAAAAAGAGUUAAAAGAACUUUUUGAGCCUUACGGAGCUGUCUACCAGAUUAAUGUUCUCCGAGACAGAAGUCAGAACCCUCCCCAAAGUAAAGGUUGUUGUUUCGUAACAUUUUAUACAAGAAAAGCUGCUCUUGAGGCACAGAAUGCACUGCACAAUAUUAAAACUUUACCUGGGAUGCAUCAUCCUAUUCAGAUGAAACCCGCAGAUAGUGAAAAGUCCAAUGCUGUGGAAGACAGAAAAUUGUUCAUAGGAAUGGUUUCGAAGAAGUGUAAUGAGAAUGAUAUCAGGGUGAUGUUUUCUCCGUUCGGCCAGAUAGAAGAAUGCCGAAUCCUUCGGGGACCUGAUGGGCUGAGCAGAGGCUGUGCGUUUGUCACAUUUUCUACAAGGGCAAUGGCACAGAAUGCAAUCAAAGCCAUGCACCAGUCUCAGACCAUGGAGGGCUGCUCUUCGCCAAUCGUGGUGAAGUUUGCUGAUACCCAAAAGGACAAAGAGCAGCGGCGUUUGCAGCAGCAGUUGGCACAGCAGAUGCAACAGCUCAAUACUGCCACUUGGGGAAACCUCACGGGUCUUGGAGGACUCACACCACAAUAUCUAGCUCUUCUGCAGCAAGCAACUUCCUCCAGUAACUUGGGUGCCUUCAGCGGCAUUCAGCAAAUGGCCGGCAUGAACGCUUUACAAUUACAGAAUUUGGCAACUUUAGCAGCUGCAGCAGCCGCCGCCCAAACCUCAGCUACUACCACCAAUGCAAAUCCUCUCUCCACAACGACUGGUGCUCUGGGAGCCCUCACAAGUCCGGUGGCUGCAUCAACUGCUAAUUCCACAGCUGGUGCAGCCAUGAAUUCUUUGACUUCUUUGGGUACUCUCCAAGGACUGGCUGGAGCCACCGUUGGACUGAAUAAUAUUAAUGCACUAGCAGUUGCUCAAAUGCUCUCAGGUAUGGCGGCCCUGAACGGAGGACUCGGCGCAACAGGCUUGACGAAUGGUACGGCCGGCACAAUGGACGCGCUCACCCAGGCCUACUCAGGAAUCCAGCAGUAUGCUGCCGCUGCGCUGCCCACCUUGUACAGCCAGAGCUUGUUGCAGCAGCAAAGCGCCGCGGGCAGCCAGAAGGAAGGUCCAGAAGGGGCAAACCUCUUUAUUUACCACCUCCCCCAGGAAUUUGGAGACCAGGACAUUCUGCAGAUGUUCAUGCCUUUUGGAAAUGUUAUCUCUGCUAAAGUCUUCAUUGACAAACAGACCAAUCUGAGCAAGUGCUUUGGUUUUGUUAGCUAUGACAAUCCAGUCUCUGCACAAGCUGCUAUCCAGGCUAUGAACGGCUUUCAGAUUGGCAUGAAACGCUUGAAGGUUCAGCUGAAACGCUCCAAAAAUGACAGCAAACCUUACUGAUCUUAACCCCAGAUGCUUACUGCUCUUAUUUUAGCUUUCUUAGGACAUCUCCAUGCCCGUUAGCCCAUCGUUUGCCUAGCAUGUCCCUGUGGCGUCUCAAAAAAAAAAGUUUCAUCGUCCCGUCAUUGUUUCUGAUGUCUUUCUGACCUCACAUCAUAUUUGGUUCUCCUACUGACCUUUGAUCUAGUUUGACCUUUGAAAUUUGCAUGUGACCUCAUCUAGCUAUGAAUUCUGGGAAGUCAAUGUGAAAAAACAUUGCUGCAUUCACGCAAGACUGAAAUUUAUUAUUAGAUAAAUUAAUGAUAGGAUUUAAAGACAACCUGUGGCAAAAUGUUUUUUCUUUUCUUUUCCUUUUUUUUUUUCUUUUUUUUUCUUUUUCCUUUGGGUUUCGUUUUUGUUUUUGUUUUUGUUUUUCAUUUCGUAAAAAAAUAAAAUAAAAUAAAAAAACAGACUUGAAAGUAUUAUACAGGGAUUGGCAUUCUGCCUGGUCACUGGUGACAAUAGCAAUAUGUGUCCAGAGGCACAGAAUGUUGGUUUCUAACAGACUACUUCCAAAACAGUUUGAGAAAUAAAACUGUCUGAUUUUAAGUCUCUAGAGGUCUGUAAUAGUUUUUACAUUUUUCAGGCAGUGUAAAGUUUUUUGAUAAGGCCAUUUUAGGUGGCUCACUUUCUCAUUAAAGUAUAUAUAUAGAACCACUUUUUGUAGAUUAGUAUAAGAAAAUAUUUACCCUGUUUUAGGGCAAAUGCUACCUACUUGUGUCACCUUUUGCUGAACUGACUCACAGUUAGACAAUCCAUGGUUUAAUGCACAUGAAAUUACCUAUAUUUUAUACUGUUUCAAUGUACAGAAGAAAGGUUACUGUAAAAUGUGUUACGUUGGUGCUUCUGUGAAUUAAGUUGUGGUUUCAUCAUGAGUCUUAUGGUCUUAAGUGUUCUAUGUUUAUAAAAACGAGUUUAAAAUUGGUUUACUUGAAGAAGGAGAACAAAAACGAGAUUCAAAAAAAAAAAAACCAAAAAAAAAGUUGUUUGCUUAAAAAAAAAAAGAAUUUCAUGUGAAAAAAAAUUAAAAAAUAUUCCAGAAUAAGUUUGUGUUGGCUUGUGACGCAUUGAUGUCAUUUUUUUAUUGUGAACAAUUUAGAUGUGUUUGUGUUCAGCAAAAUGUGAUCAGUUUUUC